CACCGCGCCCCGCGGCCGGAGACCCGAGCCGGCUUGACUCGGGAAGAUGCGAGUGAGCGCCAGGCGCGUUUCCACCUCCCUCGCCCCAGCGAGGAGAGGAGCGUUUGCCUCCUUUUCGCGCCCGCCUCUGCCUCCCUUGGGCUCCGGGUGCCUCCGCAGCCCUUCCGCCGCGACGAGAGCCCGCUCUCCCCAGCGGGAGACGCGGGGCCAGAGACAACUUACUUCAAGCGCUUCAUCGCGGUUGCGGCUGAUUGCUGCCAAUAACUCCGUGUGGGAAAGCGGCUGGGCAAGCCCAGGGAGCAGCCGGAGACGGAGGAGUGGUGGGAGGGUGCGCCGCCCCGUGUAGGAAGCUAACCGCACCAAGCAGAUCCGCCACCCCGCCGCAGGGUCCCCAGGGUCGCUCCCCUGGGCAGCUCGCCGCGGCGUGUCCCUCGCUCCAUGACGGCGAACAUUUCCAGCGCCCCCAGCGCCCCGUCACUCAGCUACCCGCCCCGUAGGCUCUGUCUUCAAGGAGACAGAGUCAUCCGUGUCUUGAAGGAAAUUACUAUAUAUUUGGGAACUAAAACUCAUAUUGGGCAUUUCGCUUUCACAUACGAUUUUGUAGAAAGAACACAUUUAGGCAAAACAUCAGCAUCGCUCUUUAAGUUUAGAUGGUUCUCUAAUUCACAGUAAGCAGUAGUGAGCUUUUUGGAAAACCGCUGAACCGGGACCUAAGAUCCCUGGGUUCUAUUUCCAAUUUUAUAGAUUCUUGAACUCAAGCAAGUCAGCACUUCCCCUGGUUGAGGAAUGUCCUCAUCUAUAAAGUGAAACCGAUUUCAAAGGUCUUGUCCAGCUCUCAUGUUGGCUUCUAUUUCAAAGAAAUAUUAACCUAAUUAAUAAAUGCUUGUUAAGUGAAUGACUGAAUAGACCACAUCUCUCUAGGAACUAUGUAUAUUUAAUAUUUGGAAUUAUGAAAUGAAAUCAAAGGAAGCUUAGACGUGUUCACUGCACAUCACUUGGCUUAACCCCUAAUGAUGCAAUUGCCGUGGAGAGUGGGAGGCCAGCCGGGGGGCCGCCCCCUCGCGGACAGCCCCACUCCGGUUGCCCUUUGGCGCAGAGAAGGAAAAUGUGAGGGCCCAGAAGGAAAGGAUGUUGCCCAGAGUGAAGCAAGGAUUACUGCGUGGGGAGGGGUCUCCAUGUCUGGCGCAGGGCUCUUCCCCAAAGGAAAAGGGGGGGGGGAGAAAGCCCAAGAAAAAUUGCAGAGGAGGCAGCCCGAGCCACAGGUUGCUUCGGUACCUAAGUUUAUAAGUGAUCAGAGCCCUCCUUGAGGAGGAAAGAACUUGUAUGGGCGGGAACAAUCCCAGGACCUGAACUUUGCGCGGAUAGAGGGAAGAAGCAGGAGGGCUUUCGGUUCUCAGAAGGCUCGUUUUGCGUUUAAGCUUGCCUCCCUUCCACACUUGGCCUGGCCCUGGGACCCUGUGUUGACUGCAGCAGGCUGGGGCCGAAGUGGCGGGGAAAGCAAGCUAAAGUGUGUGACGGGACCGGCGGCGAGUCCAUGGGUCCCUUCCUUCUCCCAUUCUCUUUCAUUCUCUUCUGGGGCUGCCUCAACUCCCCGGUUCCCACCGGAGGCAGCCCCUGGCCCUUCUGGGCCACAGCACGUUCACGUCUUGCAAAUGGACUCCAACUGGGAGACUCCUGGGUCCAGGAGAAAGGAGAUACUGAAGGCAAAACCCCAACCCCUGGCCAUUAAAAAUCCUUAGAAAGGUUAUCUGAAUCCAGUUGAAUGUGCGAGCUGUGAGGGCACAUAGAGGCCACCCCCUUGUGCCAAGGGGGAUGGGAAGAUCCAGAAACAGGUGACACACCUGGCAACAGAGCUAGCUCAAAGCUAGGUCUCCUGAGUCUCCGCCAGGACUCCUUUCAUCCGCCCUGCCCUCUCUUUCUCAGGAGCCAGUCCUCCCCAUCCAGCUUCUGUCCCCUAGCUCCCCUGGCCUUGCCGCCUGCAGAGCUUAGGCUCCCUUCUGCACGGGCCCCAGCUCCCAGCUGAAGCUCAGCUUGGCAGUGCCUUUCCGACACCCACUCCUCUUCUCCUUCCUUCAGGCAAAAAGCACACGUUUCAACCUCAUUAGCUGGCUAAGUAUAAACCUCAGGGGGAGAAGGGCUGUGUUGUUGUUUAUCUCGGUCUAUAAGCUAAUGUCGAGCUGGUUUUCCGAAUCCAGGCAAAUAUCUGACCAGUCACCACCCAGAAAGUAAUUCUAAUACUCUCAGCACGGAAACAAAGCUCUGUAUGUAAACCAUGAAUCCCCUAGGAGAACUCCUCGCCCUCCUACACACAGACACACUGGUGCACACACACCCCGCUCUCCGCACCAACAGCAUCUGAGCUAGGAAGCUGACGGGAGGGCCCUGGUCCUGUAGCAAAGAGGCACCCCCCCCCCCCCGAGACACACACACACACACACACACACACACACACACACACCCCUUACUGGGGAGGUCGGGACCCCAGCUCGGGAAUCUGGAAGGGGCCUCCCGGCUGGGAUGGCCCGGAGGGAGGGGCAGGUGGAAGAAACCACUCGGAGGGGUCAGAGGAGUCCCGGCGGUGGCCGCCCCUUAGCCAGACCCCUCCUGCAGAGCCCCUCUCCAGGAGCUUCGCCAGCCACUCGCCGCCCGCCGGGCUGGAGGUGGAGGAGUUCAGAAUCCACUGACGCAGCCGGGAUUUGAGCUUUGCAAAGCCACUCGCAGGGAAGGGAAGCAUCUGCCCCUCCCUCCCCCACUGCGCGCCCUCGAUCCCCCAGCCUGCCCCCUCCCCCCGUGACGUCACCCUAGCCCUGUCCCGGGGAACCUGCAAAGCCUCUCAAAUUCAAACUGCCGGGCGCACCGCCGCCGCUGCCACGGGAUUGGAAGUGCGCGCCCGGGCUCGGCCGUCGCCGCCGCCGCCGCCCGCCGACCGGGCCGGCCAGCUUCGCGACCUCGCCAAGCAGUCGCGCCCCUGGGUCCCCGUCGGCUCAGCUUCCCGCCGCUCCGACCCUCCUCUUCCUCUCCCACCGCCUGCCGGCUUUCUAAUUCGUGCGCACCCCCCAGCAAAAUUAAAUCAACCCAGGGAGAGCAGGGCAGCCCUCCGGAAGCGGCGGCGUCUUUUACCUUGCUCUCCCUCUCUUUCUGAAGAUGCCAAACUACUGGCGGACCGCAGAGGAGAGGGGUCCCGUCUUCUCCUGAUGUUUAAAAAAAAAAGUAAAGCAAUUUCUGCUGCGAGCCCAGGAGGGGCGAGCCGCCCGAGAUCUCUUCAAGAUACCCCAGGGGAGGAGGAGGAGGAGGAGAUGGGCUGGAUUUAGUAGGACAACUCGGUUACUAAUGACUCCGCGGCUGGCGGCGACCCGCCGGGAAAUCAGGUUUGCCUGUAGGUACCUGAGCUGACACCGACGGUGCCUAAAGAUGCUGAGCGGCGUUUGGUUCCUCAGUGUGUUCACCGUGGCCGGGAUCUUACAGACGGAGAGUCGCAAAACUGCCAAAGACAUUUGCAAGAUCCGCUGCCUGUGCGAAGAGAAGGAGAACGUACUGAACAUUAACUGCGAAAACAAAGGAUUUACAACCGUCAGCCUGCUCCAGCCCCCCCAGUAUCGAAUCUAUCAGCUCUUCCUCAAUGGAAACCUCCUGACCAGACUGUACCCCAACGAGUUUGUCAAUUACUCCAACGCGGUGACUCUGCACCUGGGCAACAACGGGCUGCAGGAGAUCCGAACCGGGGCCUUCAGCGGCCUGAAAACCCUCAAGAGACUGCACCUCAACAACAACAAGCUCGAGGUGCUGAGGGAGGACACCUUCCUGGGCCUGGAGAGCCUCGAGUACCUGCAGGCCGACUACAACUACAUCAGCGCCAUCGAGGCGGGGGCUUUCAGCAAGCUGAACAAGCUCAAAGUGCUCAUCCUGAAUGACAACCUUCUGCUGUCGCUGCCCAGCAAUGUGUUCCGCUUCGUCCUGCUGACCCACUUAGACCUGAGAGGGAACCGGCUGAAAGUGAUGCCUUUCGCCGGCGUCCUUGAACAUAUCGGAGGGAUCAUGGAGAUUCAGCUGGAGGAAAACCCGUGGAAUUGCACUUGCGACUUGCUUCCUCUCAAGGCUUGGCUGGACACCAUAACCGUUUUUGUGGGGGAGAUUGUCUGCGAAACUCCCUUCAGACUGCACGGGAAAGAUGUCACCCAACUGACCAGGCAAGACCUCUGUCCCAGAAAGAGCAGCAGCGGCAGCGGCGGCGACUCGGGUCAGAGGGGCAGCCACGCGGACACCCACGUCCAAAGGCAGUCCCCCACCCUGAACCCUGCCCUCAACCCAACCAGGGCGCCGAAAGCCAGCCGGCCCCCCAAAAUGAGAAACCGGCCGACCCCCCGGGUCACCGUGUCCAAGGACAGGCAGAGCUUUGGACCCAUCAUGGUGUACCAGACCAAGUCCCCGGUACCCCUCACCUGCCCCAGCAGCUGUGUCUGCACCUCCCAGAGCUCAGACAAUGGCCUCAACGUCAACUGCCAAGAAAGGAAGUUCACAAACAUCUCCGACCUACAGCCCAAACCCACCAGUCCAAAGAAACUCUACCUAACAGGGAACUAUCUUCAAACUGUCUAUAAGAACGACCUCUUAGAAUACAGUUCUUUGGAUCUGUUGCACUUAGGAAACAAUAGGAUUGCGGUCAUUCAGGAAGGUGCCUUCACGAACCUGACCAGUUUACGCAGACUUUAUCUGAAUGGCAAUUACCUUGAAGUGCUGUAUCCAGCUAUGUUUGAUGGACUGCAGAGCUUGCAGUAUCUCUAUUUAGAGUAUAAUGUCAUUAAGGAAAUCAAGCCGCUGACCUUUGAUGCUUUGAUUAACCUACAGCUACUGUUUCUGAAUAACAACCUGCUGCGGUCCUUACCUGAUAACAUAUUUGGGGGCACGGCCCUCACCAGGCUCAAUCUGAGAAACAACCAUUUUUCUCACCUGCCUGUGAAAGGGGUUCUGGAUCAGCUUCCGGCUUUUAUCCAGAUAGAUCUGCAAGAGAACCCGUGGGACUGCACCUGCGACAUUAUGGGGCUAAAGGACUGGACAGAACAUGCCAAUUCCCCUGUCAUCAUCAAUGAGGUGACCUGUGAGUCUCCCGCCAAGCAUGCAGGGGAGAUACUGAAGUUUCUGGGGAGGGAGGCUAUUUGCCCUGACAGCCCAAACUUGUCAGACGGGACCAUUUUGUCCAUGAAUCACAACACAGACACACCUCGCUCGCUGAGCGUGUCUCCCAGUUCCUAUCCUGAACUGCACACCGAAGUUCCGCUCUCCGUCCUAAUUUUGGGAUUGCUGGUGGUCUUUAUCUUAUCUGUCUGUUUUGGGGCUGGCUUAUUCGUCUUUGUCCUGAAACGCCGAAAGGGGGUGCCCAGUGUUCCCAGGAGUGCCAACAACUUAGACGUAAGUUCCUUCCAAUUACAGUAUGGGUCUUAUAACACUGAGACUCAGGACAAAGCAGACGGCCACGUCUAUAACUACAUCCCACCACCUGUGGGUCAGAUGUGCCAGAACCCCAUCUACAUGCAGAAGGAAGGAGACCCUGUGGCCUAUUACCGAAACCUGCAAGAAUUCAGCUACAGCAACCUGGAGGAGAAGAAAGAAGAGCCAGCCACGCUUGCUUACACAAUAAGUGCCACCGAGUUACUAGAAAAGCAGGCCACCCCAAGAGAGCCCGAGCUGCUGUAUCAGAAUAUCGCUGAGCGGGUCAAGGAGCUUCCCAGUGCUGGACUGGUCCACUAUAACUUUUGUACCUUACCUAAAAGGCAGUUCGCCCCUUCAUAUGAAUCUCGACGCCAAAACCAAGACAGAAUCAAUAAAACCGUUUUAUAUGGAACUCCCAGGAAAUGCUUUGUGGGGCAGUCCAAACCAGACCACCCUUUACUGCAAGCUAAGCCGCAAUCAGAACCAGACUACCUCGAAGUUCUGGAAAAACAAACUGCAAUCAGUCAGCUGUGAAGGGAAAUCAUUUACAACCCUCUGGCAUCAAAGGAUGCUGCUCCAAACUGUUGGAAGCACUGCAUUUGCUUUUGUGUUUGUUUGUGUUCUCCCUUUCCCAGCCUCAACGGGGACUUUGAAAAUGCCUGGGGGGAUGGAGGGAAGCAAUGAUACUGCUUUUUCAAGUUUUCCUUUAAAUUAUUUCUCUCUUGAUUCCCCCCCCACCCCCACCUUUCACCCCCCCCUUCUCUCCUUAGGAGUCACCAUUGAACAUGAAUGUUUCUACAAUGCAUUUUUUCAUAUAUUUUGUUUAUGGUUUUGUUUCUCUUUUUUUUUUCUUCUUUUGUUUUUCCAGUGGGGGAAUGGGAAGAGGAGAUUAUAGUGAAUGAAGAAAGAGUACGGAAACUUUUCAAAUGAAAAAUGGAUAUUUAGUGUAUUUUGUAGAAGAUCUCCAAAGAUCUUUUGAGACUAUAAAUUCUUUUGUAAAUAAUGAUAUAUGGUAUUUCCGUCUUCAGUUACCAAGUAUAGCCACUAGGCAUCACUUCUUCGUGUUAAAGUGCCUUUGCACUUUAAGUACAUUACUUAAAUGUUGCUUUUAGCUUUGAUAAAUUGAACAUAUUUUAAUGUGUUGUAUUUUUGAAAUUAAAAACACUGUAAAAUAGAUUGAAAUGUCAGCUAUAUUAAGUCAGAGUACAGUUUGCUUGAGUUGUAGAAGCCAACCUGUCAUCAGUGAUUCUAGUUCUAGGAUUUUCUAGAUUUAACUGUAAAAUAUUUCCUUUCCUUUGGGUUUGUUCUAAGUGGUUUUAUUUAAGUCAACUAAGGGGAUUUAACAGUGGACUAGAGGUAAUAAACUGCCUCAGUUGGGAUUAGUAAUUCAUUAAUAAAAUAUAUUUAACCCAAUAUCAGAGUGAAUUGAACAAUUAAUGCCCUUGCGUAAAUCAUUAUUUGAAACUAACAUGGUCAGUGUUUUAGAUUAUUUUCCUAGUUAAGAAUACAUUACACAACUUGUAAUAUAUUUUUUCUGCAUUAAAUUAGAUAUUUUUAUAUAUUUAAAUGAAAGAGUCUGUAUUUCUAACUUUUUAAUUGAAAUUAAUAUUUUCUCUGCCUAUUGAAACAUUUUUCUAUAAACACACACCAGUAGAGGCCGCCACACACCUCAUUUAGUAAAGACAUAUGAGCCAUUAAAUACCUUGAAGGAAGACUUCAAAGGUGAGAUGAAAACGUCCCAAACAAGUUCUCUGCCAGUUCACAGCAGCAGAGACAAAUGUAUACAUUACUCUCCAUUUCUUUUAGGAUUAAAGGCUAGCCUCAGAAUCCUACUCAAUGUUCACAUUUUUAGAGAGAGCCGAGUUUCCCUCUUGAGUUCAUGGAAGCGUUAACGGGGUGCUAUCAAAUCAUGCACUAUUUGCAUCUACAACCUGAUUAAUAAGUACCUAAACCAAGAAAGUAAGCAUCUUUUUUCCUUCUGCCUUCUUUCAGGCAUAUGUGUUACUUGAAUUUUGCCUUGUCGGCUUCAGCGAGCUUUUCAUUUUGGUCUUGGCAUUAAAAUCAUUUUAACUAACCACGUCUAUAUAACAUUUGUGAAGCCUUAUUAGCUUGUAAAUAAUUUUUAGAUGCAAAUAUUAUUGUGUGAUUUAAACAAACAGCCCUUCUUCACAACAAAAAAUAGUUUUGUUUUGUCUAUUGUAAAUCCUUAUGCAACUGGGAUGGUGAUCUGCAUAUAAAGUAGUCCAGCUUUUCAAUUCCUUAUUAAAGCAAUUGAUGGCGUCUGAAAGAAGCACACUGUUUCCUUUUCAUAAAUAGGUUACUGCACAUAAUAAUCCUUUAUUAUCAUGUGGAGAUUGAAGUGGAUUCUGAUAACUUACUUUUAAAGCUUCAAAAUGACUAAUAGUAUAUUGUCUGUCACUAUAAACAAUUCAUGUGAUAGGCUUGCAAUUAGAAAUUACUUAAAUCCAAAUUCUUUGGAUUAAGAACUACUGGUGCAAAAUAGUCUUUUUUGACAAUGGAAGGUAAUCGUGUAUAUAUAAAUGCCAAGGGCAUUCAGGAAGAAAAUGCCUGUAAUACCCGAAAAUCUCUGAAUAUCUACAAGCUCACUUGUUCAUUCUUUGAUUAGAGGUCACAAUUCCUACUUAAAUCCAUUAGAUCAAAGUUGAAGAUGGUGGGCCGGAAAGAUCUACAAGGAAGGUCACGAGUAGAGAUUUUCCAUUUCUUAGACGAGGAGCAAGAGCGUGGGAUGCUGGUUGAACCUGGAGAUAGCUCCUGGAAACCACCUCCUCUUAGAUAUGUAAGAGUUUCAAAAAUCCUCUCGUGGCUGCUCUCGUUGGGUGAAAUGAUAAAUACAGAAUGCAGAGGUAGGUAUUUGGAGAAGUGGUAUGAAGGCAAAUUAGUCGACAUAUUCUAUUAAGAUACUUUUUUUUUUUUUGGCUCAAACUUUAUGACUAGGACACUGAUGUGGUGCUUCCACAUCAGUGUUCUUCUGAAAAUGAAGUCAUUCCUACUGUAAAAUGCCAUUAAUCCAUAGAAAAACUAACUCAUUAAUCUUCAACAGAGAUAGCCUACUACCUGAUUUUAAAGAGGCCUCCUGGAAGAACUCCGAAGCAUAAACUCUCUUGCUUAUAAUAACAACGGUUUCUUUUAUUUUAUAUUCUCAUGCCUCUUCAAUUUCUACUUUAUUUUGUAUUGGGUUUUCAAAUGAAAUCCUUUGAAUGUGGCCCAGACUAUGUCAUUUAAAGGCAUAAUACACUAUAUACUUUGAAGCUUUAUUUCUAAUGCAAUCACAAGCACGUUUAGGUUUAUUAACUUAUUAGCAUCCCCACUGACUGUAUUGUUUUGCUUUAUCCACGCAAGUGCUUUCAAACAUAUUUUAUUUUAGGAUUUUUAUUUUUAUCUCCUACAGCUGGAUUUUGCUAGUUCACUUUUAUUUCAAAUGCAGCGCAGCGAAAUGGUUCCAGCCAGCAGCAUACCAUCUCCCCUGGCCCUGCCUGGAACAGAUCUGUCAUGUCUGGCAAAUGGUAAUUCCCUUUGAUGCUAGCUCUCAAUUAGUUGCUUCCACUGUUUUUGAAUAUACCUGUGUCUGAGUUUGUAUUGGAACACGCAAAAGCACCACUUCUCAGUCUGGACACAAUUGCCAAAAGUCUAAUUUGGUCAACCUGUGUGCCUUGUUAGUUGCCUCCAGCAGCUGAUGAGUAAGGACGUGGCUGCUUAGUUUCCUCUGCUUAGUCCUCUGACUUCUAAGGUGAUUUAAUUUUCCUGAAUAUUUCCAUGUCAUCAAGGGCUCAAUAUUUUAUGGAUCUUACAAAAAGUGUAUGAUGAACGAGAAGAAGGUUCUGUGAGUUUUCAGAUGCUGGAAAUUCAUUUUGAUUGUGCACAUUCCAGAAACAUACUGGAUUGCAUGCUAGAGUGAAGAAAGCCUUCCAGACAAUUCUCCCAAUCCAAUCAUUUCUUCAGUCAUUCCGUAAAUAUCUGAGUGCUCCUUUCCUAGAUGCCAGGAUCUCUGCCUGACCCCCUCAUCCCCAACACCCCUCUUCUCCCCUCCCGCCGAGAACGUAAUGCUAUUAAAAGAGAACCUUAUCUGAAUGACAGUCACCCAGAACAAACAGUGGGAACAGUAAUGAAAUGCAGGAAAUCGGGUUUUUAAAGGUGAUUCUGUGCAAUGAAGUAUAAAAGCGAUACAGCAUAGGCUAGCUACUGUGUAAUCGCCAUUAACAUCUCUUUAGAGUUACACAGCUAAAAAGGAGAA